AUGGAUGAUUCUAGCGUGAUAGAGAUUAGUGAAAAGUAUCAAGGCUGCAAAGUAGAAGUGAGUGAUAAAAUCGCUAUUAUGCGGCGUGAUGAUAGUGCAUCAGCUAUUAACUCGUCCAUAUAUUAUCAUCUGUACAAGUGGUGGUUAGAUAACGGUAAACCAGGGAAAGUACGAGGUCCAGAUGCAGGAAUCGAUUUUGGUUACAAUGAAAAUGGAGAACGAAUUAUCUAUUCACCUGAUUCCUUCUGGGUUGCUCCAUCGCAGAUACAAAAUUAUGUUCCUGACGUUGCGUUUCAACAAUGGCUUCCUGCGUUUGUUAUUGAAGUUGGAUCUCCUGGACAGACAUUACAACAACAGCGUAAAAAAAUGGAGUUUUGCUUGGGUGGCUUGUUAUCCCGGCAACAGCCACUGGUGAUACCAUUUUAG